AUGAAGACCUCUCUGUCUCAGACUCUGUGUCCAGAGUGUGAUGAAGACCUCUGUCUCAGACUCUGUGUCCAGAGUGUGAUGAAGACCUCUGUGUCUCAGACUCUGUGUCCAGAGUGUGAUGAAGACCUCUCUGUCUCAGACUCUGUGCGGCUGGUUGGAGGCUCUGGUCUCUGCUCUGGAUCACUGCAGAUCUGGGACCAGUCCUGGAUCUCGGUCUGUGAAGGUGCCUUGGACCUGCGGGGAGCAGAGGUGCUGUGCAGGGAGCUGGGCUGCAGGGGUCCUUCUGUCCUCCAGGGGGAGCUCUCUUCUCUGGGGCAGACGUUCCACUGUGAAGGCCAUGAGUCUGCUCUGGUGGACUGUCCCCGCUCCAGACCCAAGACCUGUCCCUCUGGACCCAGUGAGGACGUCAUCUGCUCAGGACAGAACCAGAAUCAGUCUCAGAUGAUUCAACAUCUGUUUGGCAGAAGCCGCAUGAGUCUGAUUCCUGCAGACCCCAAAUCUUGA